AUCUACGGACGUUCGUGAUCGGACUCCAGGGAAAGUUUGCCUGUUUGGUUUCUCUCCAUCCCUCGUUCUUCUCUGUCCCGUGCGGCGUCGGCAGAUCGUGGGCUCCGGCGACGGCGGUUGAAGGGCGACGGCUGCGGCAGGGCGUAGGAAACCCAAUUUUGUAUCUCAAAUCAAGAGUAGGUUCCUAUAAAUUCUGGAGAAAUGGAAAUGGGAGACAAGGCAGUCGGCCUUGUGUUGACCAUGACGAGUUUAUCCAUCUUUACCUACUACACUUUCUGGGUCAUAAUCUUGCCAUUUGUUGACGAUGACCAUUUUGUCCACCAAUACUUUCUGCCUCAAGAAUACGCCAUCUUCAUCCCUGUGUUUGCCGGUGUGGUGCUACUUUCGUUCCUAAGUAUAUUCAUCGGUCUUGUGAUGCUGAAGUCGAAGAAAAAGAAGGCUGCUUGAUGGAUUUGGUGACUCCCCUGCCGAUCCAGUGGAAUUUCUGGUGUACUUAUAGAACCUAGUAGACAGGUCUUGUGGAUGAUUGUAUUUCAUUAAAUUGCCUUCGCUUGUGAUCUAAGGCUUUCUCGUGACACUUAUGUCAUAAAUUAGAUCUAAUGGGCAUUUGCAUGUUCUUGGUAGUUUACUGAUGGCAAGGUGCAUGACAUUCCAAGAAUGAACAUUGGUCAAAUAUCAAGUGUUGUUACAUCAAUAUUUCUCGGAUUAUGUGUUUGAUCAAUGUAGUCGGCACUAACAUGUAUCA